AGAGAAAAGAAGGAAAAAGGAAUUUCUUUCCCAUCAUUUUCCAUAUAUUUCGUGUAAAUCCAUAUCUACAGUACUAUCAAACAACCAAAAAUAUAUAUAUAUAUAUUUAUUAAAUAAAGUAAAUAGAAUUCAAAUCUAAUAAAUCAAAACUGAAAUUUCCCGUUAGGUUUACCGCCAUGUCAAUGCGAAGACGAACCUUGCUCAAGGUCAUUGUUCUCGGCGAUAGCGGGGUGGGUAAGACGUCGUUGAUGAAUCAAUAUGUUCAUAAGAAGUUCAGUCAGCAAUAUAAAGCAACUAUUGGUGCUGAUUUUGUCACUAAGGAACUCCUGAUUGAUGAUCGCCUCGUCACUUUGCAAAUAUGGGACACUGCAGGGCAGGAGCGGUUUCAAAGUCUUGGAGUUGCCUUUUAUAGGGGUGCAGAUUGCUGUGUGCUAGUAUACGAUGUAAAUGUUAUGAAAUCAUUUGAUAACCUUGAUAACUGGCAUGAGGAGUUUCUCAAACAGGCAAAUCCAACUGACCCUAGGACGUUUCCUUUUAUAUUGCUUGGAAACAAGAUAGAUAUAGAUGGUGGUAAUAGUCGAGUGGUCUCUGAGAAGAAAGCAAAAGACUGGUGUGCUUCAAAAGGAAACAUACCUUACUUUGAAACAUCAGCAAAAGAAGAUAUCAAUGUUGAUUCUGCAUUCCUUUGUAUUGCCAAAACUGCGCUAGCAAAUGAGCGUGAGCAGGACAUAUAUUUCCAGGGCAUCCCAGAGGCUGUGACCGAGACUGAGCAAAGAGGUGGUUGUGCAUGCUGAAUACAAGCCAAAUUCUUUAUUCUUGGUUGCCAGAUGCUUCCAUUUUUUCUGGUUCCUAUGGUUCUUAUCCAUUUUUUGUAUGCAUUGUAUUUCUAAAUCCCUUGAUUGAAGCAUUAUUUGCCAUUAUUUUUGGUAGAGAAGAUUUUUAAGAAUAAAAAUUUGUAGAAUUCAGCAUGAGUUUGCUUUUAAUUUUAGUUAGGGAUUUAUGUUCCUGGUGGCUUAGGAUGAGCUAUCAUCUAAACUGCAGACAGAUUUACUAAUUUUAAUUAGAGAUGUAUGUUCUAAGGGGGGUGUUCCCUAAAAUUUUUUUG